CAAGCGUCUAUAAAUAUUUAACCUCAGGGACAAUAACUUUACCAAAAAGAACCAAAGAUGGCAACAACAUACAUUGUGAACAACGUUCUUGUAUCUUGUUUGAUGUUUUUUGUAAUGAUUGGUUCCUCAAACGCAAAACCUGCAGACAUAAAAGUAAUCUGCGGUAAAGCAAAAAACCCAUCCUUCUGCACAAACUACAUGAAAUCAAACCCAAAGAUUUCAGGUGCUGAUAUUAAAACGCUUGCAACGAUCACCCUCGGCUCUGCACAAACAAGCGCAUCAAUAGCUUUGACGAAGAUUCAGUCUCUUGCCACGAAAGAAACUAACCCUGCUUUGAAGAAAGGAUACACCUCGUGCGUGGAGCAGUACAAGAAUACAAUCAGCAGUCUCGAUGAAGCUAAUACGAGCCUAACGUCAGGAGAUGGUCCAGGGCUGAACAUCAAGGUCUCAGCAGCUAUGGAAGGUUAUACAACAUGUCAAGAUGGCUUGUCGAACGUCAAACCUGAUCCUUCAAUUGUGAAGGACACAGGUGAUUUUCAGAAUGUUUGUGGCAUUAUUCUUGUCAUCUCCAACAUGAUGUGAUUAAAGAAAGGGCUUGCGAUUACAUCAAACAGUUAUACAUGUAUAUUACAUAGACACAAUCAAGAACCUAGUUUCUUCCCUAUUUGUUGUUCUAUUAGCAUUAUUGAUUAAAAAUAUAAGAAAUUAAGAAACCACAAGUACUCAAACCAUAAAAGAAAACACACAUUGUCUGAUACAACAAAAAAGAAAGAGAUCGGCGGAAACAUUAUGACAACACAAGCAAACAAAAGGCCAUUAUUCCUCAAAAGGAACAUACUUUAUUUAAAAAAAAAAA